AUGGAGACACCUAGCUCUGCUCGUCGCCAAACCUUGAAACAAGGUGCUGACAGCAACAAGAUUCAGCUGCGCAACGAGAUUCCCCUUUCGAAAUACUACAGCAUUGCCAAACGACUCUUGGAUUAUUUCACGGCAUCCUUUGAUGCUCGAUCUCUCGAUGAGGCUUAUAUUUAUGGGGUACGAUUUGUAUCCCUAUGUGUCCAAUUGGGACAACAUCCAUCCUAUAAGCAACGAAGCUAUGUCAUUCAACACAAGGAAAUGAGUGACAAGUGCAAUCAUGUGCUCGAGUGCUUGGAAAUUGUCCGACAACGAAUGGAUGCCCAAGAAAUCUUGAGAGAACAGCAACGUCAAUUUGACCAAAUGAAGCUUCUAGAACGACAACGAGCUGAGGAGGCAGAGAUGAGAGCAAAGCAAAAACAAGAAAAGGACGAAUCCGAACGUCAAGAGGCUACCAUAACGAAAAUGAGUGCCUUGUCCAAGCUUUCGGCAAUGCAACGUGACCUUAAUCAACUAACUGCAGAAGUUUACGACGCUGCACAGACACAGGCAAAUGACAAGGCCCAAUCGAAGAAGAAGACUGAUGGCCUUAUCCGUGCUCAGGUGGACGACAUAUCUCCUGCCAUCGAGGAGAGUCCCCAACCUACCAACAGUGAAAUGCCAGACAAUUCUUCCACAGCAGCAGCCCCUUCACUGAUGGGCUCGGCAAUGUCCAGAAUGACGUCCAUGAUGAUGACGUCUCGAAAGGAACCAAAAUCAAAGGACGACGAAACAUCAUCAAUGAGUGAAACGAACAAAAAGCUGGUUCCGGCUCAAAUUGCGGAUGCUCCGGUCGCAACACCAUCAUCAUCAUCAUCAUCAAAGACGAUUCAAUCCGUCAAGCCAGUCAAGAGCAAAGUAAAGAAGCAACAGCAGCAGCCAAAAGAAGUAGAAAAGGCAACCAACAACGCGUUGCCCGAAGCAAAGCAGAAACCGGCAACCGUAUCUUCAUCAUCCACCAGCAAAAAGAAUACAGCACCACCCCUUCAAGUUGCCAAAUUGGUGGCCAAACCAAAAUCCAAGCAGCCGAAACAAGUGUCGUCGAGUUCCAAGGCAAAGGCACCCGUUUCCAAAAAGAAGGAAAUCAAACCACAAGCGACGAAACCAAAAGAUGCGACGUCAACACAAGUGCCUAACAAGACCAAGGUUUCCGCUCCCCGACUAGACAAAGUGGAACAGCCUUCGAAAAGAAUACCAGACAAGGCACCCAAAAAGGAGGAACCUAGUGCCAUGGAAACAGAUAAUGAAACAGAAGGAAUCACUUCACUACACCAAGCAGAAAUCCAAGAAGAAGAGCUACCCGUCCAGCGCCAGCCGCGACGACCCGAAAAGGAUACCAUUGACUUGCUCGAGGCAUCCAUCAAAGCCCAAAUCGAGCGCAUUGAAGAGAUCGAACAAAUGCUCAUUCCAAAGCUUUUGGAAGAAGCCCGCAAAGAACACCAGAUUGCCAAAAAUCCAAAGAUCAAGGCCAACAAGGAAGAACGAAUUCUCCACAAACGCAAAGCCAUUCACUGUCUAUCGCAAAAACGAAAAUGGGAAAAGCUGGCAGAAACGACCAAGAUUGCAGUCUUUCACAUGGAAACUCAAGUCUUUCGACUGGAAAAUGCCAUGGAAGAUCAACAGGUGGAGGAAGCCAUGACCGAGGCCAAGUCGGCGAUGACCUCCAUGGGAAACAGUGUGGGGGUCAAUGAUCUCGAAGGAUUUUCCGAGGCUCUUGGAGCGGGCGACCUGGUGGAAAAGGCAACUGUGGAUGGAGAAGAUGACGAAAUCAUGACGGAAGAGUUGGAAUCUUGGAUUACUGGGUCCUCUUUGGAUGGAUCAUCCGACGAAAAGCAGACGGACCAAGAAGAUCAUGCAUUGGACGACGACGACUUUUCCAUCUUGUCAUUACCAAACAUUCCGCAACAGGAUCCAUCCUCUUCGUUUCAAUCCAACAAGGCAAAGGAUAGAAUUUCCAAAAAGCUAGUGCAGGCAGCAAUGUAA